AUUAUUAAUAUUGUUGAAAGGGAAGGCCAAGAAGCAGUGGCAGUGCAGUGGCAGGGAGUCAAGGUCUGGACGACGGCCUACUGAGCCUUGUCUUUCCCAGGAGAAGGGUCCUUCCCUUGAUUAUCUGGAAGAGUGAGAGAGAAUUAGUUACUUGUAUUAGUACUCACGGACCUAUUCCUCACCGCGUUGAGCGGUAGUAGCUGGCAGGAUGACUCAGUAUCUGCCACCGAACUUGCUUGCCCUAUUUGCCCCUCGAGACCCAAUACCAUAUUUUCCACCCGUUGACAAGCCUCGAUUUGACAAGAAAGAAAUCACCUUCUCUGGUCUGGGAGGAUAUCUUCACUUGUUUGAGGACUCUAACGAAACACCACCGGCUAUACCCGUGAAGACGAAGCAAGAAGUCAAAGAAGCCAAGCUCGAUGCCAGAAAGAAGCGUGUUGAUGCGCGUCUAGAGGAGGCGCUGUCACAAUGGGACCCAUACUCUGAUAAAGCUGCUCAGGGUACCGACGCGUUCAAGACGCUCUUCAUUGCUCGAAUCAACUAUGACACAUCGGAGAGCAAACUUCGGCGAGAGUUUGAAGUCUACGGACCCAUCAAGAAGAUCCACAUGGUGUCCGACAGCAGUAGUGGCAAGCCCUGUGGCUACGCUUUCCUGGAGUACGAGCACGAGCGUGACAUGCACGCGGCGUACAAGCACGGUGAUGGUAAGAAGGUUGAUGGCCGCCGAGUACUAGUAGAUGUGGAGAGGGGCAGAACCGUGAAAACGUGGAGGCCACGGCGUCUUGGUGGCGGCCUCGGUGGCACACGGCGUGGUGGUCCCGCAAUGAACACACGCCACUCUGGCAGAGAGGACCCAGACCGCGUUGGUAAUGGAAUGGAUCGCGAUGACGUUGGCGGUGACCGUGACAGAGAUGAUCGUGACAGAGAUGACCGAGACUACCGGGACAGAGAUCGGGAUCGUGGUGAUCGGGAUCGCGGUGACCGGGAACGCGGCGAUCGGGAUCGCGGCGACCGAGAACGGCGGCGAGACCGAGAUCGCGGUGGCGAUCGGGACAGGGGCGACCGUGACAGGGAUCGGGAGCGUGACAGAGAUCGCUCGGACAGACGCGACAGAGGAGAUCGCGGCGGUGGCGACCGUGAUCGAGACCGCGACAGAGACCGUCGCCAUCGGGACCGUGAUCGCGGCGGCGACCGGGAUCGUGAUCGAGACCGCGAGGAUCGCCGUAGCAGACGAGAUGGUAGUGAUGGCCGUGUCAAGGAGGAAGAUAUGGAGGAUUAGACACUAUGCAAGAAGCAUGCACAUUCUUGCCAACUGCUCGUCUUAUAGCAUGUUUGUCUACUGUUACGACCGCUUGGCAGCAACGCUGUUAUAUCUUUCCUGCAGGCCGUGCACAAGCUGAUCCUGUGCUUGCGUUUGAUGUUCUGUCUUUCUGUCGUUGUUGCCCAUGUACGCAUGGUUGUUGUCCAAUCAACCGCUGCUUUUUUUUAGCCUGCAUUCUCCGGCCAUAUUAUAACUUGCUCUGUGUCGUCUCGGUCUGUAUUACCAAACUGCACCAUAAAACAUUCUUUGUCUCAGUUUCGGUCUUUGUGUCUACGUUUCUGUUUGUCGCCUGGUGUCUUGAUUUUGCCAUUGUGUGAGGAUAACCGAUGUCGAA